ACAAUCCAGUGACUUCUCAAUGAAUGAAAUCUCAUUGAAUAUUCUGUUUUACAUGGAUAUACAUCAGAUUAAGGAAGUACAAUAGGUUGCGAAUGGCAAUUUAUGUUGACUUUAAAGAAAAAUAACCAUACGGAAUCUGCUUUGUACUGAUAUGUGACUCAUAUGUUGUCUAGUGUUGGGAAUAGCAUUUGGUUUGGUAUUUUCUGCUUUGUUAGGGUGUCUCAGAUUAGCUUGUUUGCUUUACAAAGGCCAAAUGGCAGAAACAAGUGCUUAUUUUUACAUUUGCAGCAUAGUAAAUUACGCCAUAGGGCCAUAAUUUAAGAAAACAACACCAUCACUGCAUUGAAUGAUUAUUAUAGAUAAUGUCACUUGGUUUUAUUUAUUUUUUUGAUGCUACAAAUAUGCCUGAGCCAAAAGGAUUGAAUAUUUCAGCAUGCACCUGUAUGAAAAAACAACACACAUACACGAUUCAACUGCAUUCUAUCUUCAAUCUAGCCAACGCCAUCAUGGGCCUUUGUUCUUCCUGCUUGCAGUCUCUCAUUCCAGAAGAGCUUCCCUUCUCCCGUUACACCCCUCCUUCCAGUCACGUCUCAUAUUCCCUCAUUAUUUCUCCACCUCUCCUCUGCCUGUUUCUCUCAUCUAUCUGCCUUUCUCCUCAAAUCUGUUUGUCUUUGGCUGCAGCAGCUGGUUGCAGUCUUGAGCCAGAGUCUCAUCCCGCGUCCCCCUCCCCCCCACGAGUGCACGCAAAGACAAAAGGCCAGGGCUGCUUGUCAGAACACUGCCCCCUUCCUCCCUGCGCUGCCGUGCAUCUGCAGAGGAGAGAGUGACCUAUAGAACAAGAACCAGCAGGCUCAUAGUGAAGAGAAAAAAAAUCACACUCAUACAGAAUGGGGCCUGGCUGAACUGACGUCUUGCAUAAGCCUUUCCACGAAGAUUCCCGGUAGUAGGGCCGAGGAGAAGCGGGAGACCGGACACGGUUGCCCAGGGCUGGAGGAUUAGGGGACGAGCGGCUGAUUUUAAUUGACAAAGAUCCGUGUUUCUCACUGGUUUUCUGGGGGAAAAAACGAGAGGAGGAAGCAGGGACACUGACUAGAAGAGAGGAACAGGGACCAUGGAGAGAGUGAGGGAGAGAGAGAGAGGGAGAGGGGAGGCAGAGAAGGAAGUAGAAACAGUCCAGUGCUGCAGAAUGGGGUAAAAGCGAGAGGCACAAUCAAAAAGAGGUCAGGUACCGAGCCUGUUUAAAUUCUACUUGCUGUCUCUGUGUCUUGUUUUCUUCUGUCAGGAAACGGUGAUCAUCUUGUGGUUUUGGUUUACACAGUGCUUGUGGGUUUCCUUUGGAAUGUGCAUCUGCUGUUUGGCUUUUCAUUUCUCCUUCUCUCAUCCAUCCAUCCAUCCAUAUAAACCAGCUCAGAGCCUCUGGUGUGCAUGUAUUUUUCAUAAACAUCCUCCAUAGUCUUGUAUUUUCAGGCCUAGCGUUUGAUUCGGCUCAGCAACAUGAAUUGUACACUCAUUCUGAACACAAACCUCUUUGAUAAUAUUAAAACACACUCAAAGCAGGAAUAUUUUGCAGGAAUAUUGAAGAUUUGAUGAAGAAACUUGCAGCUCCCGUGUCUCCUGUGUGGCUGCACUGCAGCACACACAUUAUGCAGGGUGACCGGAACCGGCUGAAACCGGUUUGAGGCAGACGAGGAGGCUAGGAAACAAUACAGUCACUGUGCUACAGGCAGAUAGCCGACUGCUUCAUGGCAGCCAAAAUGGCAAAGGGGUCUUCAGGAGUGAUACAGCCCCGAGCAGGGAUGUCAGAGAGACAGUCUUUACACACCUCGAGACGGUUAUGCACAUCAGGGGCAGGAGGCAGCCAUGAGAACUGAGCAGAUAUGGUGACCGUGGUUCACUAUGUGCUGUUAUUCAUAGUGGUCACCAUCCAGAAUGGUCUUUGGCAUGCCAGCCCUCCUGGUGGAUCGUUUCUUGAUGGGCCCUGCCUAGUGCAAAAAGUGGAUUUUUUUUUUUUUUUUUUUUCCCCUCUGCUGUCAGGGAGAAAGGAGGAGGAGGGUGGUGGUGUUUUGUUGUGGAGGUGGUAAGAGGAAGGAAGAAGGGAAGCAAAGCAAGAUUGUUUGCUGUAGUUGUCGGAACACCGAGGGUGUUUAGCUCAUUCUUAUAAGACCAUGGGCGACAUGAAAACCCCAGACUUUGAUGAUCUGCUUGCAGCCUUUGACAUUCCUGAUAUGGUCGAUCCCAAGGCUGCCAUUGAGUCCGGCCAUGAUGAUCAUGAGGGACAACUCAAACACCAUGCCCACCAUGAAGAGGACUCCCAUGUUUCUGCCGGUCCAGAUGUUGGGGUUAGUGUUAUUGUUAAGAACGUCCGGAAUUAUGAUACCACUGAACAUCUCUCAGAGAAGGAUGUUCAUCCCACUGUAGGAAAUGGACUGCACAACGGUUUCUUGCCUGUUUCACCCAACAAUAGAUACAGUAAAGAGAGUAACAAGCUUCAAAAAAGUGAAAUCCAUGGGAUGGCAGGAAAUAUCUCCACAUUCAACCAGUUUAGUCCCAUCUCCAGUGCCGAGGAGUUUGAUGAUGAUGACAAGAUUGAAGUAGAUGACCCUGCUGACAAACAAAGUAAUUUACCUUUUAGACCAAACCCUCUAACUGGUCUGAGCACAAAGAAAAAAGAGCCUCAAUCUCAACUCACCAAACCAGAUGUUCCAUCUAGACCAAGAACAAAUGGCAACUACAAUCAUAUGAAAGUUGAGAAUGGUAGCAGCACCAAUGGCACAGUGGAACACUCAAACAUGUAUGACUCUCAAAAAACAAGAAAAACUGAGGAGCCUUCCAAAGAAACCUCCAGAUCCCAAGAAGCAAAAGAGCCUGGAGAACCAGUCGUUGAGUUAAGCGCGGCCAACCUCUCCCAGGCCAAGGCCAAAUCAUCUGCAAAGCUCUCAUCCUGCAUUGCUGCAAUUGCAGCACUCAGUGCAAAGAAAGCUAGCACAGAAGCAAUGUCUCCAGACUCCCUUGCUACACCUCAAGACUCACCCAGAGAGGCUAAAGAGAUCCCUAAGGUUACAGAGAAAUCACCAGAGCAGGAGUCCGCUCUGGAGCUUGGCAAGAAGAUGCUUUCAAAACAACCUGAGAGUCCUUGCAGUGUUACCAGCGAAAGCAGCAGCAAAGAGUCUCCAACAUCUCCAGCAGGAUCCAUACCAGUCAUUCCCAAAGUCCGCAUCAAAACGAUCAAGACAUCAUCAGGGCAGAUCAAGAGGACAGUUACCAGAAUCCUGCCCGAGUUUGAUCCUGACGUCUUGAAGAAAGGUAUUGAUUCUUCAUCCAAUGUUGUCUCUUCUCUGCUGUCCUCUCCAACCUCGACUUCUGUUUUUUCAUCUCCCACCAGAACAACUUUGCCAACCACAGUAGUAGCAACUUCUGGAGGCUCUGCCAUUGAGGUAACUAAACAAAUGACCAUCAAACCCGUGGCCACUGCCUUCUUACCCGUUUCAGCCGUCAAGACGGCAGGCUCCCAAGUAAUUAAUCUGAAACUUGCCAACAAUACAACUGUAAAGGCCACUGUCAUACCGGCGGCAUCCGUUCAGAGUGCCAGCAGCGCCAUCCUCAAAGCUGCUAAUGCCAUUCAGCAGCAAACUGUCAUGGUGCCUGCUUCCAGCCUAACAAACACCAAACUUGUGCCAAAGACAGUCCACCUAACUAACUUAAAUCUCUUGCCUCAGAAUCCAUCAACGGCUGAGCUCCACCAGGUCCUGACCAAGUCCCAACAGCCCCUCAAACAAGCCAUGUUGGCCCAACAACAACAAAAGAAAGUGUCUCGGGUCCAGGUCCUAACCAGCUCCCAGAGCUCAGUGGUAGAGGCCUUCAAUAAGGUUUUGAGUAGCAUUAACCCUGUGCCAGUUUAUGUACCCAAUCUCAGCCCUCCAACUUCUGCCUGUAUAUCCUUACCAUCCCGUGGCUACAAGUGCUUAGAAUGUGGUGAUUCCUUUGCCCUGGAAAAAAGCCUCACUCAGCAUUAUGACCGUAGAAGUGUUCGCAUUGAGGUCACUUGCAACCACUGCUCCAAAAACCUGGUCUUCUACAACAAGUGCAGCCUUCUAUCACAUGCUAGGGGACACAAAGACAAAGGGGUUGUCAUGCAGUGUUCACAUCUAAUCUUGAAGCCAAUUCCAGCUGACCAGAUGAUCCUAGCACCAUCAAUAACCUCCAGCGCUCCCACUUCUUCAGCUAAUCUUGGAUCCUCCAUAGUGGGGAGUCAAGGAAAGGGAAUCCCAACCACAGUGAUCUCCGCACCCUCUUCAGCCCCUGUUGUUGCUGCCAUGCCACUGGAUAAGGACGCCUCCAAGGUCUGUAAAUCGAAUCUGAAGUGCUUGGAGUGUAGUGAGACAUUUCAGGAAGAAUCAUCUCUUGCAAUGCACUACCAGCAGGCUCCCGAGUCAGGUGGACAGAAAACCUGCACCAUUUGCCAAAUGCUACUGCCAAACCAGUGUAGCUUUGCUUCCCAUCUGCGGAUCCAUCAGCACAAGUCUCCAUAUAUCUGCCCUGAAUGUGGAGCUAUCUGUCGGUCUGUCCAUUUUCAGUCCCACGUGACCAAGAACUGCCUGCACUACACACGCCGAGUGGGCUAUCGCUGUGUUCACUGUAGUGUCAUCUUCGCUGACGUUGCUGCUCUCAAAUCACACAUUCAGGGGUCGCACUGUGAAAUCUUCUACAAAUGCCCCAUCUGCCCCAUGGCUUUUAAAUCGGCCCCCGGUACACAUUCCCACGCCUACACCCAGCAUCCAGGAGUUAAAAUUGGAGAGCCUAAGCUGAUCUACAAGUGCUCCAUGUGUGACACAGUUUUUACCCAGCAAACUUUGCUCUACACGCACUUUGACCAGCACAUAUCUAAUCAGAAAGUGUCUGUCUUCAAGUGUCCAGACUGUUCGAUGCACUAUGCCCAAAAGCAGCUCAUGUUGGAUCAUAUUAAAUCCAUGCAUGGCACCUUGAAGACCAUCGAAGGCCCUCCAAACCUGGGCAUCAAUCUCCCUCUCAGCUCCAAACCUACUAAUUCCAUGAGCCCAAAUAACAACAACAACAACAAGGAGAGCAGCUCUAUCAACAGCCUCGAGAAGGGAGAGAAGAAGCCAACAUCCCCGACAAAGAAGAGCAGUAAUGGGACAGACCUUCCCAAAAAAGUCCCAUCGUCAACCUCCUGCCCUGGAUGGACCUGCAGGGAGUGCGACCGCUUGUUUACACAGAGAGAAGUCUUCAUCUCACACAUGAAAAGAGAGCAUGGAAAGCAACUGAAAAAGCAUCCGUGUCGACAGUGUGAAAAGUCCUUCAGUUCCUCUCACAGUUUAUGUAGACACAACCGAAUCAAACACAAGGGACUACGGAAGGUCUACUCAUGUCCACACUGUCCAGAACUUAGUCGAACUUUCACCAAAAGACUGCUGCUAGAGAAACACAUUCAGUUGGUGCAUGGCAUCAAAGACACAGAGGCCAAGCUUCCAGCAGAUUCCAGCAGCACAGAGGUCACCGUGGAUAAAGAGCAGUUACCCAGUCCUAAACGAAAGCACCACUCUGAAGAUGAGGAUGCCGAGAGGGAAGAGCAAGUGGAGGAGGCCGGAGGGGACGUGACUCCUGGUCAGCGGUCCAAGAGCUCAUCCUCGCAACCUCUGAAGAAGCUAAAGAUCAAUGUCUUCAAAACACACAAAUGUGCUGUGUGUAGCUUCACCACCGAGGACAUUGUGCGUUUCCACGAGCACAUUCCCCAGCACAAGACCGACGUCUCAUCCUACCAGUGCCGUGAAUGUGGCCUGUGCUACACCUCACACCACUCCCUCUCCCGGCACCUGUUCAUCGUGCACAAGAUGAAGGAGGCCCAAGGACUCGGACGUCACAACGGUCAGCAGGAGAAUACGCCUAACCCGGAGUCCAACGAUGGAAUCCCGGAUACUCAAUGUAAAGUAUGUUCCAAAACUUUUGAAACGGAGGGAGCCUUAAACACACACAUGCGGACACAUGGAAUGGCCUUCAUUAAGUCCAAACGGCUGAGUGCAGCUGAGAAGUAAGAGCGAGGUAGUGCCCCCUAGUGGAUGGAUGUUGGUUUGCAAGGAAUUGUUUGUAUGUUGAACGUGUAGAAAUGUUUCACGUUGUAUUCCUUCACUUUGGCCUCUUUGUAUGCUCAUUUGUUGUGCAUACGUAUAUACAUAUAUAUAUAAAUAUACAUAUAUAUGCGACAUGUAUAAAUCUAUACACACAGAAUGUGUGUUUAAAGAUGUGUAAUAUAUUAAAAACUGAUUUAUGUGUAUUUAAUUAUCUAUGAGAACACAUUUUGUAUACUUUAUGAUAGAUGUUUGUAUGCGUGUUGGAUAGACCUUUUUAUAGAUUCCUUUUUAUUUUCUAUUUUAGACUGUUCUCGUUGUUUUCUCGUGAGAGCAGAUACUGUCCAAACGGCUGUCUCAGUCAUGGGAUGCACUUUCGGUCCUAAUUCCCGAACUGCUGCUAAUAAAAGUGCACGGAAUGUCACAGUUACACUUCUCAGUGAGACAUUUUGCACUCCAAAAAGGACAAUCAGUCCACAACCUACAACACGAGCAGGAAAAGUGUCUCCUAAAGCAGCCGAAAAUGGCGUCUGAAUGAAUUUGGUCAUGGAAUUGAGCCCGAAAGCUUUUUAUGGUGCAUUUCUGUUCUGUGAAUUAGUCUACUAUAAUUUAGCACUAUGGAAAAACAAGACAUGAAAGUAGUUCUUUAAAUUUAUAUAUCUCAGCCACUGCCAAGAGGUCGUGUUGAAUCAAUAUGUGCUUUUUAACUUUAAGGUGCCGUCACACCCGGAAGAUUCUCCUCACUUCAUUUCUUCUCAGGCAGCUUGUUUCAGAUCAUCAUCACUUUGGGUUAUGUUUGACUGCAUUUGCAUUUUGGAUUAAUAACAUACUAGAGUGUGUUAGCUUUGGCCUGUUAUCAAGAACCACAUUUCGAAUUCAUGCCCAUUUAAUUUUGAGGUACUUUGGGAAGCUUUUAUUUGUAAUUUGAAUCCAAAACCACUUUGCCCUGCAGAUAUGUGAAAGUUUAAAUGAAACAAAUACUGAAUAUGUCCAUUUAGCCAAUUUCAUUUGAAACCAAAGUUCCUUUCCUAUACGUGACACCCCACUCGUUUUCUCGUUCAUGGAAUCAGUAAAUCAUAAGUGCUUAUAUACUAUACAUUGUGCUCAAGUGCCUCCGGCGCUCAAAAGCCAAAUGUAGAUUUGACAUCAACGUCCUAAUGUGCGUGUUUUUUUUUAGAGCAGCAUGUUAUGGAAAAUUCUCAAGUAUAGUGUUUAACUGCUAAGUGUGAUAAAAGGGGGGGGGGGGAAGCAACAAAUGCUGCCUUCACUAUCAAUGAAUGUUUUGGUCAAAUGUGAAAGAGCUGUAAAAAUUUCUUUACAUUUUUUCGCUCAGACUCAGCUGUGGCAUAUAAUUUCAAUGUUUCACUUCAUGAUGAGCUCAAUCGUGAAAGUACUACAGUUCUUUUUUUUAUUUGUCCCUCAUUCCAUACCGAAACGCUGUAUUUUGCUCUCCUUUUCCUUUGGACGGAUGUAUGAGUACUAUUGAGGACGCAUAUGUGCAUGAGAGAAGCCAUUCACAGUGGUUGUUCUGUUUUAUAGAAUGUCUUGCUGAUGUUCGGUAGACCUUGUUCUAUGUUUGUGCAAAAAAUAGUUAUCAUUAAUAAAUGAUACAUAAACAAAACUA